GAGACAAGCGUUGGGUCUAAAUGGACAGGAACCCAAACUCCAGACUGGAUUGUUGUGUUACAUAAGGAGAAAACACAGAAAGAGGAGGGGAGAGAGGAGGAAAAGAGGGAGGAGGAGCAGAAGUCCAGGAAAACAUAACUAAAUGCAUGCUGGUGUUUUAAGUCCAAACCAGGAGGAAAACCAGGUGAGCGGGGAUGCCAGCAGAUCCAUCCAUCCUGAAAUCCUGAAAUCCUCAAAUCUGUUCUGGACCUCUCAGGAUGUCUGGUCUCUGUCCUCUGGUCCUGGUCCUCCUGGUCCUCUGUGGAAUCUGGGUUCCUGCUGUGUCUGAUGUCGGGGACUUUUCUCCAUGUUUGCAGUUCUUUUACAGGUCCUGUCCCCCUAAAGGUCUGACAGGGACCACCAUCUGCCAGCGCUACCUUAACCAGUUCCGUUUCGCCACACUGUACAGUCGACAGCGGCGCUCGCCCUGGUUCUCUGCUUAUGUCUAUUCAGUACCAGCUGGAAAAAGGCCGCCAGCAAACUGGAAGUUUGAACCUCAGUUAGCUUAUCCAGGAUCUGAUGGGAACAUGAUGCUGUUUCCACCAGGUUCCCUGGACCAGAACUUGGUGGACAGUCAGGGGGUGGAGCUGGACUACAUAAAUUCCACCUACUCUCGAGGUCACAUAAACCCCAGCAUCCACCACAAGAGCAACGAGGACCGCAUGGCCACCUUCACGCUCACAAAUGUGGUUCCUCAGAAGGCAGGGUCCAAUGAUGGACCCUGGGAAACCCUGGAGCAGCACGUCAACAGAACCCUGGCCUCUUUCUGUCUUGGAGAGUCCUAUGUGGUAACUGGAGUCAUUCCGUACCAGAGUGAGGAGCGCUGGCUGAAGAACCACCGCGUGGCCGUGCCGGAGUAUCUCUGGUCCACCUACUGUUGUCCAAACUUCAACCACAGUCUUCCUUCAGAACUGAAGAACGCCUUCCCCACGUACGCCGCCAUCGGACGCAACGACCGCAACAGUUCCCAGGAGAUUGUUCCAGUGAGUGAAAAGGCGAAAAAGGAGUUCAAGGGCUACGACGUGAGACGCAUGUCUCUGGAGGAACUAGAGAAGGUUCUGAGGGACAGACUUGGAACUGAGGUCAGGAUCUUUUACGAAGGCUGCGCAGGAUUAGACUAGUCCUAAUCUGCAAAAGUCAACCCCUCACUCUCCCUCACCAAAGUUCAUAGAAUAAAAAAAUCAAUACAUUCAGCUGGUAGUUAAACAGGAAGCUUUUAUGUCUGCUGCCUCCUGUGGUCAGUUGGUGUCACUGAGGUCAGUCUGAACAAAGAAUCACAAACAGUGAAGUCACAAUAGAACUUGGUGACUGAGGCAGCCGUGGAUCAACAGCUGCUGAGUCAUGGUCUUCUCUGUGGACACUGCUCUGUCCGUGGUGUUGAAUUCAAACUCCUGUCACGUGAUUUCAACCACGAUUAACUCAAACUAAUUAUUAUUUUUUAAUUCUGUCCUCGUUAAAAAU